GGCGUCCAGACGCCACUGGCAGUCCAGAAAUCGCGAAUUCGAGAUAAAUAAAAUAGGGAAAAUGUAGUCCAGAGGCGACUCGAGAGUUUUCACACUCGUAAAAUCACAUAAGUCUUCCACUAGGUUUAAUAAUUAAUAUUAAGAACAUAAAUUAAAGAUAAUUAGCAAGAAACUAAUCUAGUAAAUUUAUAACGCGUUAAUUUUGUCAAUUUUCUAACCAUUUUUCGAGUAAAAAAAUGGAAAUUGAAUUUAAAAUUUAAAGAAAAUAAUGAAUUACUGUGAGUGUGCCUCAUCCAACGUCUUCCAAGGAUAUUAAUCACUUGAAAUAUAUAUUAUUGAUUAUUAAAAGUAUGCAAACACGAAUUUAUGAGCGGAAUAAUGCGAAUCGACGAAUGAAUGAGAAUUUUGUGGAGGAAAAAUUGCUAAAUUACCAGGGAAAUUGAGCUUUCCGGUAAUUGUGGGAUGAUUUGAGGCACCAGGAAGUCGUUGAAACCUCCAUUUGACGUGCUACGAGUGCCUCCAAGUGUCCGGAGAUCAUCCAAUCGUCCCAGGAGGCUCUCCUGAUUAUUCGACAUUAUAUUGAAAUAGAGUUUAUUCAAUUGGCGGAUUUAUUUUGAGACCCAAAUGACGAUGUCUGCGUUCAUACCGAAGACAGCGCGUGGCCGGGGCCCACCUGACGGUCGAGCCUUCUUCGAACGCCUCUGGAGGGGCAAUUUCUUUCUCGACAGGCAGAAAGUCAUCAAGAGAUCGAGAAAACGAAAAUUAAAUACAGCUAAUGGUAGAAAAAAAAUGAUGAUGAAGCAUUGCUGCUGCUGUCAGAGAAUUCAGCUGCAUUUGCUUGCCGGGAAGAGGACUAGUAUUAAAUCAGUCGUGAGCGUCCGAGAGACACACCAAGUGGCUGAGGCACAGCAGGAGAAGAAUGCCAAGUUGAGGGAGGCUUUUGGCAUAUCUGAGUACUUCGUUGAAGGCAGUAGUCUGGAUCCUGAACGACACGCUAGGGAGGCCGAGGCCAGGGCUGCUGCCAGCAAAGUUUAUGAGCUUGUGCACAGCCCCAGUCCACCAGCCGUUGAAGAGACACCAGCACCUGAGAAGAAGAAUAAGAGGAAGAGGUCGGCCAGCAGCACCAAGAAGAAAAAGGGGAAGAAGCAUAAGAGGGACAGGUCCGAAUCACCCAAGAUUGGUAAGAAGAGGGAUAAGUCGAAGAAAAAGAAGAAGGAGAAGAAACCCAGGAAGGAAGUUACAACUAGUGACAGUGAAUCGUCUAAUGAGGAUUCUGAUAACAGCAGUUCCUCGGAGGCUGAAAUCAAGAAGAAGAAGCGGAAGAAGAAGAAGAAAUCAAAAACCGAGAGCAAACACGAGAAGAAAAAGUCGACCAAGAGGAAGCACCAAAGUUCUUCGAGUUCAUCUGCCUCCUCUCCAGAGCGUCCUAAGAAGCGCGCAAAGACUCCAGAGAGGCCGCCAGCCCCGGCCCCCCGUCCGGAGAAGACCCGAGGCUCGACUCCCCCCCAGAAGUCCCGAGAGGUCGAUCGAGAGAGGAAAAAAUCGAAAACCCCCCCGAAGGAGCCCCCCACCACCCACAUCUCCCGCCGCAAUCGUUCGUCCUCUCGACCCCAUGGUGACCGCACAAGAAGCCCCAGAUCCCCACGAAAGCUCUCGAGGCAGUCGCGACCGAGAAGAGCCUCCCCAUCCCCCAGAAGACGAAGGGCAGUGUCUCGAUCCCCCAGAAGACCCUCUCGUUACUCCCGAUCCCGCAGCAGGAGUCGCUCCAGAUACUCCAGAUACACCUCCCGACGUUACCCCUCACCCUCGACCUAUCGGCGACGCAAUUCAAGGUCAAGAAGGCAGACGUCGAGGUCCCCAAUGAGGAGAAACAGACGCGAAAGAUCCAGAGACAGAAGGAAAAGCAGAUCGAGGUCACGAUCUCUGUUGAAGAGAUCGACGAGUCGAUCGAGAAGAUCGAGGAGUCACUCGAGAAGAUCGAGGAGUCACUCGAGAAGAUCGAGGAGUCACUCGAGAAGAUCGAGGAGCCACUCGAGAAGAUCGAGCCUCUCGUACUCACCAGUCAGACGACAUCCUGAUCGGUAUCGAGACGUUCUGGAGGAUAAAAAGCACAAGACGUCAGAGAAGCCAAAGGGAAAGUCCAGAUCUCCGUCGAAGCAGAAUAAACCGAGGAUCAUCACCCCCAGGGUCUCGCUGAGGUCCUCCAGCGAGGAUGAGGCCGACCCUGGGGACGACGAGCCGAGGCCUGAGGACGAGGAGAGAAUCAGAGAACUCAAUACUCUGAAGCAGCUGCAAAGUGGUCUAGCUGCUAAAGCACGUGAGUCGCUUGGAAAGAAAGUGAUUUCUCCGGUGAAGAUCAAGACCGAGAGGAAGGAGGAGAUCCUGGAUAUUGCUCUGCCUGCGGAGCCUCCGAAGGAGCUGAAUAUCGUUGAUCAAGUGGUGGAGAAGUCGCCGGAUUGCGAUGGAAAGCUCGAGGAGGUGAGUCAGGAGGUGGGGAAAAAUCCUGGGAGAUCUGUUGAGUCGAGCAGAUCGCCUUCUCCUGCGCUACCUCUGACGAGAGAGGAGGCCGAGGUGGAGGUGCGGAUCGAGCUGAGGUCGCCGUCAGAGUCGCCUCCCUUGGGGCCCAGGUCCCUGGGGAACAAGUCCUACUCGAGGUCGAGGUCCAGGUCCUCUUCGAGGUCGCUAUCGAGGGACAAGGAGUCCAGGGGGUCGAGGAAGUCCAGGUCCAGGGACAAGUCUGUCUCACCAUCGAAGAGGUCGACCAGUGGGUCUAGGGGGAAAACUGGGUCGUUGGGGUCGCCGGCGAGGUCCAAGGCCUCGAGGAGGUCGAGGAGCUCCUCGGGGUCGAAGAGGUCACUCUCGAGGUCGAGGUCUGUGUCCGUGAAGAAGAUUAGGAGCAGGAGCACCAGCAGGUCGAGGAGUGGGGGGAAAAAGUCGAGGAGUCGCUCGGUUUCCAAGUCCAGGAGCAGGUCCAGGUCGGCCUCGAGGGGGAGCAGGGACAAGGGGAAGAGGAGUCGAAGUAGGAGCAGCUCGGUGUCUUCGAGGAGUUCUAGGCACAGUAGAAGGAGUUUCUCAUCAUCCUCUCGUUCCUCAAGCAGUGGCUCAAGUCGUUCCUCUAGGUCGUCAUCAAGCUCAUCAGGCUCCAGCAGAUCGAGGUCUCCCUCAAUUCCACGACGCCACGGGUCCCCGAGUUUCCUCGACAGACGUCGUAUCACCAGCGCUAGAAAACGACCGAUACCGUAUCAUCGACCAACACCAUCGCCCCCAUCGUCUCCCAGCACCAGUGUAUCCUCGAGAAAUUCAGAUUGGUCGAGUCCAAGUAGAAGAUCCAGUCAUUCACCAACUCGAAGUCCAUCUUAUACACGUUGAUGUGUACGUAAUCCAAUUUUUCUUCGUGUUUAUUUUUUUUGAGAAUUUUUUGAAAUUAAAUUAUUCACAUUUUUUCGAGAUAAAAAUCGUGUUUAUCUCCCCGUCUUCUUGUCCAUGAGAAAUGUCUCUUCAUUAUUUUCUCGUUUAUUUGAGAGGAUUCUAGUCGAAUUAAGAUGAUAUUGAAAUUGAUCUGGUGACCAAAUUGAGAUGAAUUCAUUGUGAUUUUAACGAUAUUUAGUGCAAUGUUGAAUUACCAUCUGUUUUUCCACUUGUAAAUAUAGAUUAUUUGUACUAAUUAUUGAUUAACACUUUAGACGUUUUAUUAAUCAAUCGAUAAAUUGAUUAAUUAGGUAAGAAUUAUCUAGUCAUUAAUUUAUUCAACACUGAUUUGCGGAAAAAUCGAGGAAACUAUUCGUAGAAAAUGAUUUAUUUUAAUUGCACGUAAUUAAAUUCAUUCGAUGAAGUAUUAAUGAAAUUGAAAUGUUAAUGAUCUCUGAUUUAACUGUAAGAUAAUCUGUAUUGUUGUUGUGUGAUUAAGAAAAAAUCCAAGCUUCACGAUAAUAAAGAAAAACCAUUGGAAAUUUA